AUGGCGGCGCGGAGGUCUUCAGAGGACCACAUCAGCCAUGCCUAUCACCUGCUGAUGACGCGGCUCAACGAGGAGCACGCCGAGAUGCGCUUCUCGGCUUUCCAGAUCGUGCAGGAGUUGUUCACCAGAUCCCAUCAAUUCCGGACGCUCAUUAUUUCCAACUUCCAAGAGUUCUUGGAGCUCACGAUGGGGAUAGACCAUGAGCAGCCUCUCCCCCCGCCCAGAGAGGUGGCACAGAAACUGAGGAAAGCGGCCAUUAAGUCCGUGCAAGACUGGCACGAGAAGUAUGGAGAGGCCUACAAGAAGCUUUCUCUGGGAUACCACUUCUUAAAGCAGAAUAAGAAGGUGGAUUUUCAAGAUGUGCAUGCCAGAACCGUGGCUGAAAGGAGGAGGGAAGAGGAGAAGCAAAAACGAUUGGAUAACAUUUACAAAGAAAAAGCCAAAAGAGCUGAGAAAGAAAUGGAAGAAAUGUCCCAAGAGGUUACCGACACGCUGACAGAGAUGGAAAACUGUUUCCGGCUUCUGAUGCCAGAUCCUUUCGACUUCACUGUGAAUGACGUGGAACUGGAACCCAACAGACAAAUGACUGCUAAUGAGGAUAGACCUGCAUCCCCCUUGCCCUCCCAGAUGGAAGUGAACCAGUCCUCUUUUGGAUGCAUGGAUGAUGAACAGCCAUGCUGCAGCAAGGACGUUCUUUCUGUUUCUCAGUGUGUUAGAACUGAUCAAAACAAAGAGUUAGAUGAGAAAGAGGAGAAGCCUGAGCAGAAAGAAUUAGAUGGAGACGCAUGCUUGGAAGUUCAAUCUGGUGUCCCUGCGCUCAGUGAUGAUGAUUACCAGACUUUUGUUAGGAACCAUGGGCUUGUUUCGCAUAAGUAUACUCUAGACCUUGAAAUCUCCACAGAUGUAAAAGUGCAUGAGAAUGAAGAUAAUACUGCCAUAAUAAACAAUGUCAUGGAUGCUCACAAACUCCUCAGAAAUAAGUUCUGGCCUUCUGUGCAGUCCUGGAUUCAGUUAUUUACCAGAGCAGGAAUAAAUGAUGAUCGGCUAAGAUGUGCCAUUGAUCUUAAGAAUAAAUUGGAGACUGCUAUGAAGAAAUACAAGGAAAUGAACAUUUCCUUUAAAGCGAGAAAAAGAAAAGUGAUGAAAGCCUCGGAUGACAGUGACGACGACGAGGACGAAGAUGAAUUUGUGGAGGUCCCUGAGAAGGAAGGUUAUGAGCCCCACAUUCCAGACCACCUGCGUAAGGAGUACGGGUUAGAACCUGAGUCACCUCCAAAAGUUGCGGUGGGGAAGACAUCAACAGGACCAGCUCUGCUGAGCUCCCGCGCCCAGCUGAAGGGGAAUGAAGAUGAACUUGAUCCAACCUGUGCAGCUGCCACACUGAAACUUAUCAGAGACAAACUACCAAAGUUACCACUUCCACGUGCCAGUGACUCUGCAACUACUGAGCCAGCAGCUUUGGAAGAGCCUGACAAUAAGAGAAGAAAACUAGAAGAAAGAGCUAAAGCUCCCCUCAUGCCUUUUGGAUUAGAUCUUCACUACUGGGGACAGGAUCAGCCAAGUGCUGGGAAGAUUCUCAAAUUCGCUUCUGAGCAUCGGUUUUGGGCACCCAGUGAAGUAGAGGAAGAGGUGGAAAAUAAAGAGAUAACUGAAAUGUUAAAAACUAGAUAUAUAACAUUUGCUGGCAAGUUUGAACCAGUGAAACAUAAAUGUCGAGCACCAAUGCCUGAUGGAAGUCUGUGUGAAAGACAAGAUCGGAUUAAGUGCCCUUUCCAUGGAAAGAUAAUUCCUCGGGAUGAAUCUGGGGUUCCUGUUAAUGCAGAGGACAGAGCCAGAGAAGAAAAGAUGCGGUUUGAAAAGCAAGCGGCUCAGCCAGAGUGGCGAGAUCCAGAAUUCAUGAGAGAAGUUGAAGCAGCUACCGGAAUGGAUCUUGGUUCCUCUAAAAAUAAUGGAAAAGGAGGGAAAAAGAAAGGGAAGAAGAAAAAAUAUCCAAAUCUGACAGACCUGAAGCAGCAGGCUAAUACUUCUCGUUCCCGGCUUGAGAAGAAAGUCUUCAAUAAAGGUGCUAUGAAACGGGUGGUGAAAGCAAUGAACCGAGUGGACCAAAGAAAGCAUGAGAAGUUUGCCAACCAGUUUAACUAUGCACUGAAUUAA